UAUGCACUUUGUCUGCAACCGUCAAAGGUUUCGCUAACGUUAACAUUUCCUGUCGAGAAGAUUAAAAUGUUCCUGCUUCUGAGUUUUACCUGGAUUAUUGCAGGGAUUACAGCGGAGAUCCCCCCAGCGAUGCACUACCGCGUGAAAAACAGCUCAAUAUGUCUACACAUAAAACCACCAGGAUACCAAGAAUAUGAGUGGCUUUUUGAAAAGGAGCUUAUUGUUUUUAGUAAAAACAUCAAAACCAAGUACAAGGACAAAGUGUACUAUAAUCCAAAAAACGGCUCCUUGUGUAUCACCAAGCUCAAUGAGACAGACAGCGGCACCUAUUCCCUUUCUUUCAUUAAUUCUGAUGAUGAAAGAGCAAUUGAGACCCACAAACUGAUUGUUGAAGAAACUGUUCCCAGGCCUGUCAUUGAGAGUUCCCCGCUGCACUUUAACCUGUAUGCUGACCCCUGCAACAUCACAGUCAACUGCUCCAUCCAGGGUGACUGGGUGUGUUCUGUGUGUGACAACAACAGUUGCAUAACAUCUCAGAGAUCAUUAUUCAGCAAGGUCAACAUCACCAUCUUCCUCCACAACAGAGUUAUUGUCUGCAGUGGCAACAAUAACAUCAGCAAGAGCAAUGUUUCUGAAAGCAUGGAGGGAAUGUGCGUUGGAAAAUCUAAUCCUGAAUCUGAAGUGACAUUAAAACUACACAUUGUAGUACUUAUAUGUAUUGCAUUGUGUGUAUCCCUCUGUGCCUUUGCUGUCUGUGUGGCUAAAAGGCUCUUUCAAACAGAAUGUAAUCAAAAACAGACAUCUCCUGCUCGGAUAAUACAAAGCCAGCCAGCGGAGGAAGAGCCAAACUCUGUGCCGAGAGUCUCUUCCUCUAGUUCCAAUCAAGCCUGGUAUGAAAACGUGGAUGAUGCAUUGCCCUGUCAGACCAGCAGCCCAAACAUCAGCCCAAGAGAGGAGCUGGGAUCUAAGCGGGAAGUUGAUACAGUCUACAGUGUUUUAGAGAGACACAAUACAACAUCCCAUCAAGGCAAAAGCAGUGAAGAAACUAUAGGACAUCAGGCAAAACACGAGGCAACGACUUCACAGGAGCAACCUUCGCAAGUCGACACGGUGUACAGUCUGUUGCAGAAGAAAACAAAUGUGAAGUCAUAGCACCACCAAUAGGUCAGACAAGAUUUUCAGAAUCCCCGAAAACUGGAGGAUACAUCUUUUGUACAGUGUGUUUGGUUUCUUUCAGAGCGUUAUGUUAAGCCUUUUGUUUUAGUUUUUUAGUAAAAAAGCUACCUUAAAUGACACAUUAUUCUAUUGAAACGAAUAUUAACUGAAAACAUACUGGAAUUUCUCAUGUGAUUGUCAGAAAUAUUUACACACGCGUAAGUAGUAUCUUUGUAACAUGCUUGUAAUUCAAAGAAAGCAUUAAAUCCUGAUAAAUAAAAAAAACAGCAAAUAUUUGAUUUCGAACACACUUCAAAAGGACCUCAAUUCAAAGCAGUGAACCGUAGCUCUUUGGGUAUUAGAAGUGAAAAAUGGAGACUAACUGCCUGUUUUGAUUUGAAAUGUUAUGUAUGUAUUUUCUUUUAGGACUUACAUUUGAGCAUGUUAAGUAAUUUCAGAAGUUGAAUACACAGUACAGGGAUCCUACAUUGAUAAUUUGACAAGUAGUGAACGCACAAUUGACUGAUAAUGUUCACCUCCUUAGCUUUGCACUGAUGCCUGGUAGUGGGGUGAAGACAUUAAAUUAAAUUAAAGGGGACCUAUCAUGCAAAAUG